AGAUUGCGCCACUGCAGUCCAGCCUGGGUAACAGAGAGACUUUGUCUUAAGAAAACACACAAAACAACAAUAUACCCCAAAGUGAUGUUGGUAUUACACAGAUCUCAAAACCCAGAGAAGUUUGAUAGCUCUUCAUUCCCUAGUACAUUGCUGAUGACUCAUUGUCAUUAGUUUGCAACUGAUCUCAAGCGCUCCCAGAGCUCUCUGGGAUACUAGGAGAGAAUAUCCUGAGGUUUUUUUAGGGAGCUAGUCAAACCUGUGCUCUGAAACAGGUUUGGACAGUUUUGACAAUGACAGGUCACAGGUCAGAGCUCCCAAAUUCAUAUCUCCUGUCAAGAUACCGCUGCUACCAUCACUAGAUUUGCAUUUCCAUUACACGGUGACCAAAUUUACUCUUAUAUUUUUCUGAUAACCAGAACUUGCUGGUGGACAUGUAUCCUUGCUACGAGUCACUGUCACCUCUGGUUAUAGCAGUGGAGCAAAGUGGUAAUGGGAAAAUUCCUAGGUUUUUGGCCUGAGUAAAAGGGUGGAUAGAAGUAGAUGACAGGUGGGGAACAUGGGGAGAGGAGCAGGAAGAGUUUUAGCAAAAGAGCUAGCAUGUCAAGGCCUACAUGUGAGAGUAUGGCACUUUCAAGGUAAUAAGUGAAGUCUGGAGAAAUGCCUCACCCUAGGAUGUAGUAUGUGGGCAACUGAGGAGGUUGAAGAACCAAGUUCAAAGGAGGCCCCUAGAGAUUAAUCUAGAGAACCAAGCACUGUGGGAUUCCCACAUCUAAAAAUGUUGCCUUCAUUCAUCCAUUCAUUCAGUAAACAUUUAGCAGUGUAGGACUGGCAUUGUUUGAGGAGGGAUGCCCUAGAUUUGGAGAUCUUAACAUGUAACUAGAGAAUACAUUGGCAUCCUGGGCUGUGGUGAGAACUACCACCCAAAAGGUAACUCCUUGCCGGAGUCAGCAAACUAACAUCUGUCCUUUUUCUAACAUUUGUAUAAUAUGGAACCACUUUUUUUUUUUUUUGAGACAGAAUCUUGCUCUCUCGCCCAGGGUGGAGUGCAGUGAUGCGAUCUUGGCUCAGUGCAACCGCUGCCUCCCAGGUUUAAGUGAUUUCCUGCCUCAGCCUCUUGUAUGUGUAUUUCAUUCAUGUUUAUAAAUUUACAACCUGGGCAUAAUAAAAGCAUUUGUUUUUGUCUUUUCCCCAUUUGCUCAUGUUAUAAUGACACAGUCUUCCUCCAUUGUCCUUUGUGGGUGCAGUUAGAUGCCCCCGCUCUGGUAUGAGCAGGCCAGGGUUCAAAUGCUGCCUUUGUUACAUACCAACUGCAGCUCCAGAAUGUAAGAUGGUAAAAAAAAAAACACCACCUGCACAGGACCGUUGAGAGGAUUAAUGAGUGUCAGUUUAAAUGCUUCAUAACUGGUAGUUGCUGUUUCUGAGUUUAUCAGGAAACCCCUUAUCAUGAACAAUUUGUCUCCUUAAUCUUUUUUCUUCCUUUUCUGCUUCAAUAUAUCUCAUGCCUCUGGCAAACCAAUACUCCUGGCGGGCUAGGUGAUUGGCUCUUGGCGCCUUCUCUAAGGCUUUUCUUGCCCGUUCCCCCUGCCUAUUUAUAGGUGGUGCAAAAGUAAUCGCGGUUUUUGCCAUUUGUAAAAAAUUGCAAAACCACAGUUACUUUUGCACCAACCUAAUACAUACUCCAGGCCAAACUGGGAGGCGUUGGGGUGCACACAGGGAGAGAAGAAUAGGCUGGCCUGAGGGUGAAGAGCGCAGGCCCCGCAGGGUCAACCCGGCCAGCGGUCACGAAAGGAGGUGAAGUUGAGGGGAGGCGACAUAGGGCAGGAAGAGGGGAGGACAAACGGGGUGCAUAUGGGGACCGUGGCGAUGACACGGAAGGGACAGCCACUUAGGCGAUGAAAGGCAGGUGAAGAAAUCCCGUUCCAUCUUCCUGCAGUCCUCCCUUGGGGAACCCCCAUCCUAUCCUGCUCUGGACCAGGGCGGUUCUUGGAGGGCCCGCGAUCGAGAUGAGGCCUCCGAGCCGCCCAGAAUAGACUCCGAAGUGCGCGCAGCUGACCCCGCGGUUUCCUUGCGCCCGGUAGGUUCCAAGAGCCUCUGAGUUCCUGUCUUUUUUUCAUCUCGGAAUCUCCACCAUUGGCCUACACUGGGAACAGGGAGACCUGUGAUGCUGAUGUUAGAGGACAAGGACAUGAAGGGAUUCUCCUGGGCCAUAGUCCCAGCCUUAACCUCCCUAGGCUACCUGCUUAUCCUGGUGGUCUCCAUCUUUCCCUUCUGGGUGCGACUGACGAACGAGGAGUCCCACGAAGUCUUUUUCAGUGGCCUAUUUGAGAACUGCUUCCAUGUCAAAUGCUGGAAGCCUCGACCCUUAUCCAUUUACAUCCUCCUCGGCCGGGUUUUCCUGCUGUCUGCAGUUUUCCUGGCUUUCCUCACCACCUUCAUCAUGGUGCCCUUUGCAUCCAAGUUCUUCCCGAGGACCUGGAAGCAAAACUUUGUGUUAGCCUUCGUCAGCUUCUUCACAGGGGCCUGUGCCUUCCUGGCUUUGGUGCUGCAUGCCCUGGAGAUCCAGGCUCUGCGGACGAAGCUCAGCCCCCUGCAGUUCUCCGUGCUAUGGCCUUACUACGUGCUGGGCUUUGGCAUCUUUCUGUUCACAGUGGCUGGUACCAUCUGCCUCACUCAAGAAAUGGCCUGCCCUUGCUGGCACUUGUUGUCCACUUCCCAGAGGAUGAAGGAGGACCACGGGAGCCUGUACCUGGACAAUCUGGAGAGUUUGGGAGGAGAACUGAGCUCAGUACAAAAGGAGACACAGGUGACGGGAGAAACAGUCAUCUAGUCCAAGACACGGCUUCUCUACCCUUCUUCAAGCCAUGUUGAGUGCACCAUCACAUCUAAGCCGUCAGCAAAUUUGUUGGUUUUAAUCUCCAAAAUACGUCUUGAUUUUGUCUGACUCUUUGCCACC